GAGCGGCCCCCUCCGCUCCUCCUCCACCACCAGUCGAGGUGCAUUGUGGGGAGGAAAGUCGUUGCCAUUCGACCUCUGCGGGGCCUGCGCGGACGCAGCGAGAACCCUGAAAAUGUCAUUAUGCGCUUAAAAGAGCUAUUUAUUUCCGCAUAAGCGACACUCUCUCACCGGCCGGGGGCUCCGCGACCGACAAAAAAAAGAAGAGCGGCGGAGGGUGGACGAGCAGCGACGGCGGGUGGGAGACGGCGACCAGACGGAAGGAAAAAAGAACAUUUUGCCGCGGCGGGGGGAAUCCUGUCGAGACAUUUACCGUAAGCGCAAGAAAAUGUCCGGUGAGAGGAACCGCAGGUCGCUGGCGUUCCGAGGCGGAGGGCUAGCCGUGCUAGCGGGCUCCGGCGGAGGUUCCGCCAGCGCGGGGAACUGUAACAGCUGGGAGGCCCCGGCGAGCCAGGACCGACAUUUUAACGGCAACCGGCCGGACCAAGACGACGACGGGGACCCCGGGGCGACGGGACCAACGCGGAAGCGACUGGAAGGCGCCGGCUCGGUCAGCGACAGCACGGAGCCCGAGGCGGAGGAGGAAGAGGACGCGGAGGGGGUGGCCGACAACACGGGCCAAGGAGGCGACUCGGCGGCCAACGGCUACAAGGAAGCGGCCGGCGAAGACGGCGCAGAGUCGGGGAGCGGCGAGGCGGGACCCAGGAAAUGCGGCGUGGAGAUGAGACCGCAGACGCUCCUCCAGAAGCACUCGCUCUUCCACGCGUCCUGGCUCCACGAGUUCCCCUGGCUGCGCUUCUGUCAGCAGACGGGGCUCAUGUCGUGCUCGUGGUGCCGCGACGUCGCCACCCGCUGCGGCGACGAGCUCGCCAAGGGCAGCCGGAGCUACAAGCGGGCCCUGCUCCUCCGACAUCACCUGUCGUCCGAGCACGGCAGGAAUGACCCGAGCAAACAGGAGUCGGGGAGGCCUCUGGACAACGCCAGCCCGUCCACCAACUCGUCGGAGGAGGACUAUCGCAACAAGGCCAACGAGAACUCGUACUGCUACCAGCUGCUGCGGGAGUUGGACAAGCAGCGCAAAAGCGGCAUCCUGUGCGACGUCAACAUUGUGGUGUCGGGCCAGGUCUUCCGCGCCCACAAGAACAUCCUGGUGGCGGGCAGCCGCUACUUCAAGACCCUCUACUGCCUGACGCAGAGCGAAGCGGCCGAGCGGGCCACCGUCACGCACCUCGACGUGGCCGCCGUGCAGGGUUUCUCAGUCAUCCUGGACUUUCUCUACUCGGGCAACCUGCUGCUCACCAGCCACAACGCCAUCGAGGUCAUGUCGGUGGCCAGCUACCUGCAGAUGACGGAGGUGGUGCAGUCCUGCCGGGCCUUCAUCAAGGACGCGCUUAACAUCAGCAUAAAGCAGGAGGCGCCCGACUCGGUGUUGCUGGACUACAACAAGCGACCGACACUAGCCAAGGAUGUCCAGCGGGGGCGUCGCGAGCGCAAGCCCGGCAACUUCUGGGCCACCAGCAUCCUCUCCAAGCUCUCCAUCCAGGCUGGCGGUAACCGAGUCCAGGAGGCCGACGGCGAACUCCCCGCCGCUCCAAUCGAUGACGCCGGGGUGAAGGAAGAGUCCAGCGAUGUGGAGGUGACGCUGGUCGGGGCCGGUCCCCCUGGCGCGCCCCCGGCGAGCUGGAGCCACCACGACAACUCCUCCGACUCGGCCGACAACAACGAGGCCCGCGCGCAGGUGUUUGUCUGGAACGAAGCGGGCGGCGCCGCCAUCAAGCGCGAGGCCCCUGACGAUGCGGCCGCCGCCGGCAGCGGCCGUAGGAAAAAGACAGCCACCGCGCGAAGGUUCGUCUACAACUUCCCGCCCGAGCCCGAGGAGGGCUUCGACGAGGGCAUGUUCGUCCAGCCGUCCGCCUCCUACCCCAGAGACGACUUCUCUUCGCUCUCGGAAAACGCAGAGCUGGCCAAUCAGAUCCAAUAUAGCAUCAUCCAGCCAGGGGAAUCCUGGGAGAAUGGCGAGUCGCCGCUGCUGGCCAUCAACAAGCUGAAGUGUCCGCACUGCAACUACAUCGCCAAGCACCGGCGCACCCUGAAGAGGCACCUGGUCAUCCACUCGGGCGUACGCUCCUUCAGCUGCGACAUCUGCGGGAAGCUCUUCACCCGACGCGAGCACGUCAAGAGACAUUCCCUGGUCCACAAGAAGGACAAGAAGUACAAGUGCAUGGUGUGCAAGAAAAUCUUCAUGCUGGCGGCCAGCGUGGGCAUCCGGCACGGCUCGCGGCGCUACGGCGUGUGCGUGGACUGCGCCGACUCGCACCAAGCGGGCCAGGACGGCCUGGAGUUCCCGCGCGACGACGACUUUGACGACGAGCCGCCGGAGGCGGACGACGCCGGUGCCGCCUGGGCCCGCGGUGGCGACGCCGGUGCCGCUCCGCCCGACCGCGACAAGGAGUUCUAGCCUUGAUUAUUUUUUUGUCCGAUAAACCUAAGCUGGUAAACAAUCAACUCCAAAAGUGCUAUCGAAAACCUUAUGCGAGUUUGACAAAGUUGAAAAAAAGGUAGCGUGGGAAGCCCGCCGUGUACAGAUUUAAUUAUUAUUAUUAUUAUUAAUUAUGCCCACCGGAGAAAGAUUAUAUCGAGUAAUCAGGUUUUUUGUUUUCGAUGUAUGUUUCCUUUGAAAGUAGGCGGGAAGGGCCAAUCAUCAGAGUUAAACAAAAAAAUGUUAAUUAUUUAAUUUAAAGAAGAUUCUAUGGUCUUAUCGCAGAUGAUUUAAUUUUUCUGUUGUUUCUUGCUGUUUAGAUGGCGUUUAGUGGCGCUGAAAUAUUCUAUAUUCCUUUGUUUUUCUUUCCCUGCGCAAAUCUCGGAACCAAAAAGUCUGUAGGGUGACUCUCAGCCAUAUUUAUAUGACGUAUUCACACGAGAAAAAUAACGUACAAAACGAGGGCUGCGACCGCGUCGCGCCGAACAGACCGCACACCGAGACCGAGCAGGAAAAACUACUGAAUACGACACCUUUUCAUGUUUGUUUUCUUUCUAGAGUUUUAUGAAAAAUUAUUUAAAAAGUAUACGAAGUAAAGCGCAAGGGGGGGAGGGGGCUAUUCUAGCUAGCUUUAUACCAAUCGCCGCGUCACGCUAACACUUUAAAAAAAAGCAUUUGACCUUCACUUAAAGCUUGAAUCGUUAUUUUUUUUUGUUUUUGCCAAAUGAUGACGUUUGGUGCUGUAAUGCUUUGUCGCAGAAUACUGGACCUAUGAAACAAGCGAGGCUUUAAUUCUUAUGAUGUCUGAAAAAUAAGCUUCAAUUGUUCAACUGACGCUUCACCUCCUCUCGACAACACUAGAGCCUCUUUCACGCAGAGAAGCCGCCCCAAACAAACACCAAAAGACCCCACCUUUGUCUGCCUUUGGCGCAAAAGCCUGGUUUUAAUUCCGACAGCGUUCCAGCUCCGGAGCCGUAAUGCGAGAGCCGAAAUUGAUCCGACUUUGCCUUUCUCGCACACUUUCGUAGUUAAGUUUCAUCGUUACGACUAAAGAUGGACCUAAAGCAUGACUUAAAAAAAAAAAAAAAAAAAAAAUCAUAUCAUUGUCAUUUUUGUACACCAGAAGUUUCAGGUGUUAGAUUUCACAAAUACCUUUACACAAAAGUGGCUUUAUUGCAGAAUACUGGACCUACAGCAUAACUUUAAUUCUUUUAAAGUGACAGACAACUUUAUCAUGUGCGUCCCAUGACUGGGGGAAAAAGAAAAAAUUUUAAUACAAGCCAGUAGUGUUGGAUACUAAUAUCAGUAUCGGUCGUAAUGGUACCAAUACAACACUAAAAUAACCUCAGUAUCAGGUAGUACCGGUACUAAGAAAUAACGGGCAAUAUGUACUUUUGGACUUCUAGUUUCCAACUGCUGGUCAACCUACCCAAGAUGGCCACCAGAUAGCAUCUGCGUCCCAAAAAUGGAAUCAGUUAAAUUUUUUUGUAAUGGUGGGAAAAAAACGUUAAUAAAGCCCGUAUAUCCAGUAGUGUUGGAUACUAGUAUCAGUACCGAUACGGCACUAAAAUAACAUCAGUAUCGGGGAGUACUAAGGAAUAAUGUGCAAUAUGUACUUUUCGACAUCUAGUUUUAAACCGCUGGUCUACCCAAGAUGGCUAGCAGGUGCAUCCCAUAAAUGGAAUAAGACAUUUUUUUUGAAACAAUGGAAAAAAACAUGAAUAAAAGCCUGUAUUUCUAGUAGUGUUCGAUACUAGUAUUGGUAUCUAUAAGGCACUAAAAUAUCAUCGUCCGAAUAUGGGGGUACUAAGAGAUAACGUGCAGUAUAUAUUUUUCGACAUCUAGUUUCGAACUGUUGGUCGCCCUACCCAAGAUGGCCACCAGCUAGCAGCUGCAUCCUAUAAACGGAAUAAGAGAUUUUUUUUUUUUUUUUUUUUUACAGUGGAAAAAAACAUUGUUAAAAGCCCCUAUUUCUAGUGUUGAAUACCUGUAUUAGUACCGAUACGGCACUAAAAUAACGUCAUCAGUAUGGGAGAGAACGAAAAGAUAUCGUGCAGUAUGUACUUUUUGACAUCUAGUUUCCAACCGCUGGUCGCCCUACCCAAGAUGGCCACCAGCUAGCAACUGUGUCCUAUAAAUGGAAUCAGCAUUUUUUUUUGUAAUGAUGGGGGGAAAAAAACUUUAAUAAAAGCCCAUAUUUCCAGUAGUGUUGGACUCUAGUAUCGGUACCGAUACGGUACUAAAAUAACAUCACCAGAACAAAGGCGUACUAAGAAAUAACAUGCAGUAUGUACUUUUCGACAUCUAGUUUCCAACCACUGGUCACCCUACCCAAGAUGGCAAGCAGCUGCGUCCCAUAAAUGAAAUAAGUGAUUUUUUUUUUGUAACAGUGGGGAAAAAAAGGUUAAAAGCUCGUAUUUCCAGUAGUGUUGGAUAGUAGUAUCAAUAUCGGUAUCGAUACAAUACUAAAGCAACGUCAUUGGUAUCGGGGAGUACUAAGAAAUAACGUGCUGUAUGUAGUUUUCGGCAUCUAUUUUCCAACUGAUGGUUGCUAUACCCAAGAUGGCUCGCAGCUGUGUCCCAUAAAUCAAAUAAGAGAAUUAUUUUGCAACAAUAGAAAAAAAAACGUGAAUAAAAGGCCGUAUUUCCAGUAGUGUUGGAUAAUAGUAUCAGUAUCGGUGCUGAUAUAACACUAGAAUAACGUCAUUAGUAUUGUGGAGUACAAAGAACUAACGUGCCGUGUGUAUUUUUCAAAUAUCUAGUGUCCAAUCGAUGGUUCACCCGACCCAAGAUGGUCACUAGCUAGCUAUGCAUUCUACCGUUAAAAAAGGGGUCUUUUGUCAUCCUUUCCAAAGAUGAUAGACAUCAAAUCGUCAUCCUUCUGUAGUGAUUUUAAUGAGUGUAUCACUAAUACACGUCUAAUCCAUUUGAAGCAAGAGGAUGGCAGCCCCUACCAACAUGGCCACCCAUAGGCCAUUUUACUAGAAACGACAGAAGGUAUCUACUUCUGCUUUGAAUUUCAAUCAGUUUAUCAUUAGGAGACAUCCAAUCCAUUGGAAUCCUACCUCUUUAAAUGGUUUGGAUGUCUAAAUCAGUUUUAAUUUAGAUUUUAAGGGGCCAUGUGAUGAGUGAGUACAGCUUUAAUUGUUGUCUGUCGUUAUUAUAAAGUUACCUCUAUCAACACACUAGCCUCUUUAACACAGAUAUUGCAAAAAACACAGAACGGGGUGAAUUUCACCCCCCCGUGUGGGCAUUACGACACCUUACAAGUGGUGUUGUCGCACAAAACUGGACCUACAACGCAGCUUUAAUCCAUACGAUUUCUCAUCAUCAAAACCUUCAUUUUCGACAGCACUAGCCCAUUUCACACAUUCUCGGAAAAGACUACAGUUCUGUCGUCGCAUGAAAUUCUGUACUUGAAGUCCGACUUUAAUCUCACGUCUGUCGGUGUGAAACGCUAAAUUUUUGAAGACACUAGCUUGUUUUUCGUGGAUAUUUCACAGCUAGCGUCCGCCGUUGCCUACAAAUAGUUCGGGUUUUGCGUUGUCAAAAGUCUAGAAAAAACUUAACAGCUUUGUCGAAACGUGAAAUUGUGGAUUUAAAUGAUAAUUUCAGUCAAUGUAAAACGUAACGUUAGUCUGUUUUACGCAGAUAUCCCGCUAAAUGCUAGCGUCUGUCGAUGCCUACCUUUAUCGGGUAUUUAAACCUGACGCGGAAUGCUGGACCUACAGAAACUCAUUGUUAAAUUGUCAUAAAAUCCGACAAUGCUAAAUCUUGUCCUGCAAAAUUAACGCCUGACUGUACCAAACUAUACAAUCUACGUUUUGCCAAACGUAUACAAAUCAGGAUUUUAACGCAUCGAUAAUUCGACGAGAGGGAAAAUCGGUUACAGUGUCGCCACUAGCGCCAAAGGCGAACAAAUUGUCGGGUCAUGGCAAAAAAAAAGCCAGCGUAAAAGGGGCUUCUGUGGACUAUCAGGUAAUCUUUGCCAUUCUUUCGUUGAUGUUUUUAACAGGAGUGAGUUAUUUGUUUUGCGUCUAACUACCGGCAGUACUUUUUUUUUUUCGUUAUGAGGACCUAAACGGACGUCUUUUUGUUUCUUUUUGGUACCGAGGUAUAUAUAUUUGAGAUCAUUUGAUUGUGAGGGGACGUCCAACGUGUUUGUCUUGCUUUCAUUUUUGUUGUUGUCGUUGAUUUUCCAGUUCAUUUGGUCUGCCAGGUAGUUUUAAAGAAAAAAAAAAAUGAAAACGAAAAAAAAACACUUCUUUGUUUCCAAAAACAAGUGAAGCUCUAUGGCGCCAUCAUAGACAUGCACUUACUUUUUGUGAUCUUAUUUCCCCAAAAAGCGGGUCUGAAUGGAACUUUUUCUUCUUUUGUUAUUUAAUAUAUAUAUAUUGACUCCAAAAAAUGCAAUCAAGACUGUUUAUUUCUACUUUGUCCAACCAAAAUGAUGAUUAUUGUUGUUAAUUAUUCAUGUACGGGAGGAGCCGGCCGGGCCACAUGUUAGCGCUACCGUUCACUUUACGCCUCCACCUUUCUGAUUGUUUGUUCCCAUGACUUCAGCACAUCUUUUUAUUAAUAGCGCAGCAGUAGAGAUACAGUAUAUAUAUAUGUAUGUACGUACGUGUGGGUGUGUAUGUAAAAUAUGCACACACACGUACAGUAUGUGUGUUCAUAUGCAGUUUGUACGGGACACCUCAUCUUCCUCGUGUCACUUUCAUAAUAAAAAUCACUGUGGGUAGGGAUUAUGAUAUAACAACUAUAUAUAUAUAUACGUGGAGAAUCUAUGAGAUGAAUAUAUGAAAAAGAUCUAUUAUUUAACUUCCUUCCGCUUUGCUGUGUGCUGCUCGUCCGUCACUUCCUGUCUUUGUUUUUUUUUUUAAAUAUACGAUUCGCGCCAUCCUACUGAUUUUUAUUGUUCUUUUUUUUUUUUUUAAAUGCUGUAUUUCUUGUAUGGACAACAUGCAACAACAACAACCACAAAAAAAAAUCACAAAAAAAAUACCCCCACCACACUACAUUUUUGUUUCCCCCACACAAACACACACAUGAAUAUCAUCCCCAUCUUCACUUACCGGCUGUAUUUUUUUACGCUUUUAAGAAGAUUUAAAAAGGAAAAAAAAAAGUAUUUUUCAACUUGUUUGCUCUCUGACAGCGAUGCAAAACUCGGUGCCCUCCGAACACAGAAAAAGCGAAAUUCAGGUUACUCUUUUUACGUUUGUACCGGAACUUUUCAAAGAUGGAAGUUAACAUUCUCCUGGUUUGUUUCUCUUCUCUCUGUGUUUUAAAAAAACAAAUUGUACUACUGUUCCUCUCUAUACUACAUUUUAAGAAUAAAACUUUGAUAUUGCUCUCAUUUUUUGUGGGGUGGUCAACUCUUUGAACCUUUUCAUACUAUAGUACUGCCACCUGCCGGCCACUACUUACGCUGCUGUUUGCCUUAUUCACCGGCAGGUGGCAGCACUUGCACGUGCGUGUUCGCUUCUGUUUAUUAAUCUGAUUUAUUGUCCAUGAGUUGAUUUAGUAGAAUCUAUAUUUUAUACCUGUAGCAAUAGAUAUCAAAACUAUUUUGGCUGGGAGGGCUGGCAUUGAAUGAUCGUCUCUUUGCCAUUGACGGCACGAUACGUCCAAUCUAUAUCUGUCAAUAGUGCUAAGGAUAACUGAAAUGGAAACUGAAAUAGUGCCCUCCAAGUCAAAUGUAAUAAAACUGCUUAAUGGUAGGCUUUGCUCUGACUGUAUAGAGCAGUGGUUCUUAACCGUGUUAAAAGCAUCGGACCCCGCAAGUUUCACAUGCGGAUUUACUGAAACCUUCGGCAUUAGAUAAUAAAGGCAUUUUUUUUCUAAUUCAAAACACAUACUGUAUAUAUAACCUAGCAAGCUCAUAAUUUAGUAAGUUU